AUGAAGAAGAGACCCCGGCAUGUCCUGUCCAGGUUGCCAGGCAGCACCGCCAUAAAGCAGCAGCAACUGCCGGCCUGCCAGCUGCGGCUCUCCGCCGCCAGAGUCCUCUCGGUUUUUUUUACCUUGGCAUUAUUCUUUCUCAGCUUGGGCGUCAUCCUCAUACUGUCUGCAAAGAGUGUCAAAGAAAUAGAGAUUAACUAUACAGAAAUGUGUGCAGAUUGUGCAAAACUGAGGGAAAAGGCCUAUAAUUUUGACAGAGAGUGCACCUGUACUAUCCCCUUUCACCUUCCAGAGAAAAUGCAGGGAAACGUUUAUAUGUACUACAAGCUAUAUGGCUUCUAUCAGAACCUCCAUCGAUAUAUUCGAUCCAGAAGUGACAGCCAACUUCUAGGUGAAAAUAUAAAGGAUGUUGAGAACUGCCGUCUAUUUGAGAAGUCCCACAAUGGGACCCCCAUCGCACCUUGUGGUGCUAUUGCCAACAGCAUGUUCAAUGAUACCAUUAUUCUUUCAUACAAACUUAACUCAUCUGUACACAUUAAAGUCCCAAUGCUAAGGAAUGGAAUUACAUGGUGGACAGAUAAACAUGUCAAGUUUAAGAAUCCAAGUUCCAAGAAUCUUUCUAAUGCAUUUGCAGGAACCACAAAGCCCCCAUCCUGGCCUAGGCCCAUCUAUGAGCUGGAUGAAGAGGACCCAGGAAACAAUGGCUUCAUCAAUGAUGACUUCAUUGUAUGGAUGAGGACAGCAGCCUUUCCCACCUUCAAAAAGCUGUACCGUCGUCUCAAUCGAAUACAGUAUUUCACUGAAGGCUUGCCUGCUGGUAAUUACAGUUUCAACAUAACCUACAACUUUCCAGUAACCACAUUCCAAGGAGAAAAAGCAGUUGUUCUUUCCACCGUCACAUGGAGCGGAGGUGGUGGCCUUUUCUUGGGUCUUGCUUACACUGUGACAGGGGCCAUGACGUGGCUGGCCUUCUUUUCAAUGAUGGCAAUUCACUUAAAGCUGAAGAAAAAGAAAAUAUUCUUCCUCCAGCUGUAA